AGUAUGCGAACGUCAAAUGAAAAUAACAACAAAAUACAGAGCGCUUAACAACCUGGAAUAUUCAACUUUGAUUUUCUUGCAUAAUUUUGUAAGAAAUUAUUCAACAAAAAACUUUCGACCCAUCAUGGUAAUGGUCAUUUGCGUGUGUGUAAACGGAACAGAAUUGUGUUGAUGUGAGCUAGUCAGCAAAAUUGUCAGUGAUUAUCGUGCAAAUACCCAUCGACCGGACAACAUUUAUAUUUACAUUUUAGAGUAAAUGCAAACGUGAACUCAAAGUUCAAAUCAAAAACAAUUUAAAUUCAGAAACCAGCAAAAUAUUUGUGAUUUGAAGCGAUCGAACAUGAAGAAAUCAACGUCCGAAUCGGUACAGAAAGGUGAAAGCGGGGCUAAGAAAUCGAGAGAGCAGUCGACGAUUUCCAAAUUGUAUUUAAUCUUAUAUAAUGGUGGUCAGACUGUUGGUUGGUCAUACAUUCUAUUCCUACUCAUCUCUUACUACACAAUCAACAAAUCAAACGCAACCCUAUGGGAAUACCUGGGAGUUCCAUUAUUGAUUUUCCAAAACGGAGCCGUUUUGGAGAUUGUCCAUGCAGCCAUUGGCAUCGUUCGCAGCAAUGUCAUGAUCACAACAUUCCAAGUCUUUUCCAGAGUCAUGGUGGUGUGCGGUGUACUGUUGGCCACACCAACAGCCAUCUACUCACCUGGUCUUCCAUUGGCCCUGUUGGCAUGGUCGAUAACCGAGAUCAUUCGGUACGGAUUUUAUGUUCUGAACAUCGUCAAGCAUGUACCGCAUUUCGUGACAUUUUUGAGGUACACCACAUUCAUCGUUCUGUAUCCGAUCGGCGUCACGGGUGAAUUGUUGUGCUUUUACUGGGCUCAGAGCUAUGCGAAGGAGAACACCAUUUGGACGCUGGAAAUGCCGAACGCGGUCAAUGCCACGUUUAACUAUUUCUACUUCUUGUGGAUGAUCAUGUUGGCUUACAUUCCGCUGUUUCCAAUGAUGUACAUGCAUAUGGUGUCGCAGAGGAAAAAAGUGUUGGGCGGUGGUUUGAAAUGCAAAUCAAGCUGAAAAGUGAAUUCCGUCACUGCUGUUGCGGAUGUUUAUUUGAGAAAGUGAAAAAAUAAAUUGUUUUUUGAUUACAAAACUUAAGAAUGGAAAAAAUAGAAAAUUUUUGGGCAUUUUGAUACA